AUAUGUAUCUGGUGACGGUGAGGUCGGUGAGCUGUCAGCCACUGUCAGCUGUCACCAACUGUCAUAAGUAGCGAUCUGUCUCUUUUGCAGAAUUUAUUUCAGUUAAAUUUGAAUUAGUUUUUUCUAAAUUAAAAUAUGAACGAAAUAGAAAAUUUGCGACAGAGAAUCAGAGAACUUGAAAACGAGUUGCGAGAAAAGAAAGAUAGAGAUAGAGCGACGGUAACGAGGGGAAGAAUCGAACAUAUGUCAGAUGAAGUGGUGGAUUCGAAUCCGUAUAGCCGAUUGAUGGCACUGAAGCGUAUGGGUAUCGUUGAAAAUUAUGAGAAAAUACGAGAAUUAACGAUAGCUAUAGUUGGAAUUGGUGGUGUUGGUAGCGUAACAGCAGAAAUGCUGACAAGAUGCGGUAUUGGAAAGUUGAUACUGUUUGAUUACGAUAGCGUAGAACUUGCAAAUAUGAACAGGUUAUUUUUUCAACCGUAUCAAGCAGGUCAGAGCAAAGUGGAAGCAGCAGCAAAUACUUUGCGUUAUAUAAAUCCUGACGUGGAAAUUGAAAUACGCAAUUAUAACAUCACAGCUGUCGAUUAUUUUCAAGAUUUUAUGAAUACAAUAAGUAAUUCCAGUUUGAAAAAUGGCCCAGUUGACUUGGUAUUGAGCUGUGUCGACAAUUUUGAAGCUCGCAUGGCAAUUAACACUGCGUGUAACGAACUUAACGAGAAAUGGUUUGAAAGUGGUGUAUCUGAAAAUGCAGUGUCCGGCCACAUUCAGUUUAUUGUGCCUGGUGAAACGGCCUGCUUUGCAUGUGCUCCACCUUUGAUCGUAGCAUCUAGCAUCGAUGAAAAAACGUUGAAACGCGAAGGAGUAUGCGCUGCAUCAUUACCUACCACGAUGGGUAUUGUAGCAGGCUUUUUGGUGCAGAACGCUUUAAAGUUCUUACUAAAAUUUGGAAAAGUGUCUCAUUACUUAGGUUACAAUGCUAUGGAAGAUUUUUUCCCUACUAUGACUUUGAAGCCAAAUCCAAAUUGUGAUGAUGCACAUUGUAAGCAAAGGCAAAAAGAAUAUUUGGCCUUACCAAAAAUCCAACAAAAACAAACUAUCGUUAUCGAAGAGAAACCCGUACACGAAGAUAAUGAAUGGGGAAUAUCCUUGGUCGAUGAACGUAGUGGUCACUCAGAUGAAAAAACACAUAUGUCAUCAACUCCAGGUGUGCGACAUGCAUAUACGGUAUCAACGCCCACAUAUGGAAACAAUUCGGAAGAAGAACAAACUGUUCCUGAAUCCACAGGAUUAAGUUUAGAAGAAUUAAUGGCAGAAAUGAAAUCAAUUUGAAAAUAAUUCAAUGUAGAUAUAAUGCCGCAUUUCAUAUUUAAAAAAAUUUUCAUCUAUUCUUUUACACAAUAUCAUAUGUAUUAUAAGUUGUACUUUACCACAGAAGUAAUUUUUGAAUAACAGCGCAAUAUUUUACGUAACUGUAGCAGUUUAAUAUGGUUAAUAAAAAGAUGAAUUAUGGAAAACGCA